UGCUGGGAAAAGUUCCCGGAAAAGCAGUUCCAACCACACCAAAUGCCAAUUUAAAAAAUGCUGCCGUGAAAAAACCUGAAAGUUCAUCCGAUAGCACUUCCAGUAGCGAUGAGGAUGCAAAGAACGGCUUGCGACCACCUGUGCUGGGAAAAGUUCCCGGAAAAGCAGUUCCAACCACACCAAAUGCCAAUUUAAAAAAUGCUGCCGUGAAAAAACCUGAAAGUUCAUCCGAUAGCAGUUCCAAUAAUAAUGACACAGGCAAGAGUCUGAAGUUGUCAGUGAAUCAAAGCACAAGAAAAUCUCUUGCACUGCAAAAGGGUGACAAAUUCAAGGAUAAUAGAAGUUUAGGUAAAACCGCUAAUACGCCGGCUAGGAUAUCUAAAAUAAUUGCGUCUUCCGCUGGGAAAUUCCAGACCACGAAUGAUUUAGAUGAUAGCAGUUCAGAUUCUGAAAGUGAAAUUAACGAAGCAUCAGUUAAGAAGGUAAAACUGCAAGUACAUGAGCAGAUGACGGGGACAAUUCAGAAAAAGGCAGAAGAUACGAGUUCCUCGAGUUCUAGUGACAGCGAUAGCUGUAAUGCAGUGAAACCGGCAAGAAAUACGCAAAAAAAUUCUGCGGAUAUCCUGAAUGGCGAAUUGAAUAGUACCAUGAAAAGUAGCUCAAAGAAUGAAUCAUGUCGUGAAGCAGAGAAGAAGGCUGUGGCAACAAAGGCAUCUGGGGAUAAGACUUUUGCAAAUGAGGAUACGUCGUCUUCUGAUUUGAACAGUGGUAGCGAAGUAAAGAAAAUGCAAAGUGCAGCACUUGUAAAUGUUAAACAGUCGAAGAAAACAUCGCGACAGGUGGUCGUCCAGUCAGAAGUGAAGCCUAGUUCGUCAUCUGAUUCAUCUUCGGAUUCCGAAACAGUUUUUCCUAAAGGAACAGCGCAGAAGCAGCAGUCAGUUAGACUGGAACAUCGGCAAGAAGUGACUGGGAAACAAAAAUUAGUAGAUGAUAGCUUCUCUGAUGGUACUUCAUCUGAUGAUGUUGCAGCGAAGACAGCUGUAACGAAAAUUUCCGCUGUCAGUAAAGCUACUAUCAUAUCACCGAAACAUUUGAAUCAAAAAGCAGCAGAAAAACUGCCGAGUAAUUCUAAGCUUUCUGCGGAAAGGGAUUCCGAUACUUCAUCAGAUUCAGAUUCAGAUGAAGCUGCUUCGCAGUCGUAUACCGACGCAGUACAGAUAAAUGGCAAGUAUAUGGCCACCAAGGAUUCAGCUACUUCAUCAGAUUCAAGCUCAGACAGUGAUGUGGCCUCAAAGAAAAGGAAUGUGAAAGCUACUUUUAAGCAAGCUAAUAAAGGGACUUCCAAAGUUGACGAUUCUACAAAAGAAACAGCAGCAGGGCAGCGAAAGUUAACAGUAACAGGAUCGGGUAAAAUGGAUUCUCAUUCAUUGAGUAACACCUUAGAAUCAAAUGCUAAAAGUUUAAUCGCUGAAAAUUCACUUGGAAUGGCGAAGGCAUUUGACGAUUCUUCGUCAAAUGGUAAUAACAAACGCAAUAAUAAAAGGAAAGCUGACAAUACUUCAGGGAAAACUGCUGAUACUGUAAAAGCAUUUUCGUCUAAAGAGGAUAAAAAUAAAAAUCGGACUCGAAAAAAUACAGACUCGAAAAUGGAAAUCAAAGAUGUGGAUGUAAAGGAUGGAAGUGAUAGCAUGCAGAAGGGAGUGGACAAUAAUCAAAACGCUAUGAGUAAAAACAGUGGCAAACAGCAGAAGAAGAUUGUGAGGAAUGAACCAUUUCGUCGAGUGAGGAGAUCGAAGGAUGAAUUGGAUGACAAGUUUCGCGAUAACUCUUAUCGUGCCAAAACCUACGACCAGUGGGGGAGGAAAGCGUAUGAAGAUAUGAGAAAUGUACAAGGCAAAGGAUUUCGGCAUGAAAAAACGAAGAAGAAACGCGGAUCUUAUAAUGGCAGUGGUACGAAAAUUGAUAUUAGUUCUCACUCUAUUAAAUUUAGUAGUGAUAGUGAUUGA